AUGCGACGUCCACUCUCGCCGACGUUGGCCAAACUGGCCGAGAAGGAGGUGAAUGAGACGCCCGAUCGGAUUCAGCAGGACAUCAUUAUACUGCGGGUGUGGAUUCGCCAGCAGCCGCAUCUGCGAGCCAGAACAGAUGUGGAUUUUUUGAUCGCCUUCCUGAGGCGCUGCAGAUACAGUUUGGAGGAGACCAAGCGCCGGAUCGACCGCUACUUCACGCACUACAACCUUUUUCCGGAGAUUAUGAACAAUCGCUGUGUUACCCAGCGGCUUUUGGAUAUCAAUCGAAUGGGUAUCUGCCUUUAUCCGGACAUGCCUAAGGGAGAUAAUCGUACCGCCUUGUUCAUAGCCAGAUUUGGCCACUUCGAUCCCAAUCUGUACAUGCUGCGCGAGAUCUACCACUUUUCCUCGAUGGCCAUGGAGGUGAUAGCGCUGGAGAACGACUAUGCCUCGCUGGCUGGGAUCUGCGAGAUCAUAGACCUGGAGGGCGUUAACUCGGAUAAGAUGCGGCGAUUCGAUAGGGUUCUGUUCCGCAAAUGGUGGAACUGGCUCUACAAUUGCAGUCCGCUGAAGGUCAAGGAAAUGUACAUUAUCAACAUGCCCAAGGAUAUUCAGGGUACCGUCAUGUUUCUGUACAAUGUGCUCAGCAUGCAGGUUAACUAUCCAAUACGGGUUCUGAAAAACAGCGAGGAGCUGAUCGAGCACAUUGGCAAGGACUCCUUGCCGGAGGAGUACGGCGGCACCAAUGGCCAUAUGGGCGAGUGCGUGGCCUACAUGGAGGACCUGCUGAAUAGCUACCGCGGUUACUUCGAGCAGGACUGCAACUACGGGACCAUUGAGGAACUGCGUCACGGCGAGAUAGCCACCUACGAGGCGGAAUUCGGAGCCAGUGGCUCUUUUCGUCGACUAAACUGGGAUUAA